CCACGGCAGCCACCAGUUUUACGGAUCAUCUGUGGAGUACUACGGCGUUCCUGCAGACGAUUCUCCAUCCUUUAAUCUCUCACGCUACUUCCAGCCGUGUGCAGACUACAUCCACCAGGUGCUGGACUCUCCUGGAGACCUAAAUGUGGACACAGUGAUCUCCACCUGCUCUCUUGAAUCAUUGGCACAGAACACACACACCAGUCCAAUGCUUCAACACACACACACACACACAUAUUCAACAUGGCAGCUGGGAGAAACAACAGGAAGGAGUAUCUUUCAGUAAAAGACCUGGAGAAAGUUUUGGACUCCUGCACUCUGGAUCUACAUCAGAUAGACGAAGUCUGGCCAAAUCUCUACAUCAGUAAUGUGAGAAUGGCUCAGAACCGGACGGCUCUGCAGCGUCUGGGCAUCACACACAUCCUGAACGCCGCACACUCCAAACACGGCAGCAUCGGGGACCAAAAGUUCUACGGCACCGGCUUCAUCUACUGUGGGAUCCCAGCGGACGACUCGUCUCAUUUCGACCUGGACGUUUACUUCAGACCUGCAGCAGAGUUCAUACACAAAGGCCUGAAGACUGUGGAUGGGAAGGUGUUGGUGCAUUGCAUUAUGGGUAUGAGCCGCUCAUCCUCGCUGGUCCUGGCGUACCUCAUGCUGUAUCAUCACAUGUCUCUGCGCUCGGCCAUCCAACGCCUGGUCCAGAAACGAGCCAUCUACCCCAACAGGAACUUCCUGGCUCUGCUGCUGGACCUUGACCUGCAGCUGAAGAGGAAACACAAAUCCUGCAUUCUACUGUAAACAAACAAACAAACAAAUAGCUGGGCGCCAUGGUAACAGGACACUAAGGAACCAGAGUAUGUGAGAUCGUGGAGCAGUCGCAUGGGAAAGCUGGGCCAAUCAAAUAAAAGCAUCAAAUAUCUAAGGCUGUGAUCCGGGACUGUUUGUAACAUGCCUUCGUCCACUCAGGUCAGAGGGCGCUGCCAUGGACCCGCCAUGUUUUAAUGCUAGCUAUGUGCUAGCAACAUGGAGAUCUUCAAGGAGUUCGGAGCAGAAGGUGCUUCUGUUAAAGACUCAGCCACACCUUUCUUCUGCUCAGGCUGAGAAGGUCAAAUUUUAAGGAGAAUUUUAAGGGCGUGUUCAUAGGCGAAGACAAGCUGAAUAGCUGAGAUCAAACAUCUCCACCAGUAGAAUUAUAGUUUGUGAUAGCUGAGCCAAUGGGAUUAUAAUAUGGAAUAAUUAACAUAAAGACAUCCCAUAAUUUACCCCAUAAACAGACAAAGUGCACAAGUCCAACAGGAAACACUGACCAUAUAAGGAAAGGGUCAGGAACAUGAGGCAUGUGGUGUACGAAUGGUAACCCUGGACAGAAUCAGGACAGACAUAUCUCUGUUACUGACCCAAACAACAACAGGAAACACUGACCACAUAAGGAAAGGGUCAGGAACAUGGGGCACAUGUGGUGUAUGAGGGGUGAAAAUCAGGACAGAUAUCAUGCUGUUACUGACCCAAACAAAUACAGGAACCCAUGACCAUAUAAGGAAAGAGGUGGUGUAGGAAAAGGGGGUGGGGGGUAAACAGGGCAAAUAAAUCACAAAAUAUGAAACGGGAACAGGGACAGAAUCUAGGCACAUUUACCAUGUGAAGAAAAACAGGAAGUGACCAUAUAAGGAAAGAGGAGAGGCAUCAGGGAGGAAGUGUUUGUGUUGUGUGAUCAUUUAAAAAGCUGCUGUAGUUGAUUGCAAUAACACACACACACACACACACACACAUCAGGACCUCUUCGAUUCAGUAAUGUAUUAUUUAACUGUAACUUUACUCAGAGGACCAAUGAGGUCACAGGCAGACGAUGUGUAUGUGAUAUAAAAUCUUUUUUUGGAAAGUAAUACAUACGUUAUGUAUAUAUUAUACAAUAAAUA